ACGUUACCUGUAAACGGAUCACAUAAACAGAGGAGAAACACGUUCAUGUGAAACAAAAAUACACACACAUCAAUGAACAGGAUAUGUAAUGUUGUCGAAGGUGAAGGCGGUGCACCUGCUAGGAACACUUCUGGCUAUCAUUAGUCUGUCACAGGUGUGUCACACCAUCAUCACACAGGCAGAUGCGAAGGCUUUGAAACAUCACAUGUUAGACACGCUCGCCUUCAUUCACCCAUCUAACAAAACCAACUUUGUAAAGUUCUGUCUGCACCGGCACUUCUGCUCUCACAAGUCGUUCGCUCCAAGACCAGGAUAUUUCCACUGGCGAGAUGGUACUUCAAAAGCAGAACAGGAAGGCUUUUGGCAAACAUACACAUGCGUACUUAAAUCGGAUAUAAAGCUAUGUCCAAUUGACGGCCAAUGGAGUCUGUGGGUGGAGUGGUCAGCUUGUUCAGCCGCCUGUCAGGGGGUGGGGAACAGGACGAGGACCAGACAGUGCAAUAACCCCCUCCCAGCUAAUCAUGGCCUCGGGUGUUUUGGCAGAUCUGUCGAUAUAGAAGUCUGUAGCGGUAAAUGCAACAACUCUGCUUUGGCGAACGGGCUGAAGGAGGCUGAGGAACACCUGGAGGAAGUCCACAAGGCCAUGCCACAACUCCGUAUAGAGUGUCUGAUCGGUCACUGCACCUACAACACCCUCAAGAAGUUCCUCAAACCCUUCAUGCGAGACAAAUAUUGGUCUCACCUGAUCUGCUAUAAAUAUAAGAGGGCGUGUCCAGUGGACGGAGGCUGGUCAGCGUGGGGGGCGUGGUCAGAGUGUACAGUGGCAUGUGGCAACGGCUACCUGUACAGACAGCGGGCUUGUAUCCCCAGUCCCGUUAAUGGAGGUCAAACCUGUCCUGGGCAGGCCUACCAGAAGAAAUCGUGUGUCGCGAAGAAAUGUAGUCAUAUAACAGGGCGUGAGAAGGCUGUGUUUUCCGAGUGGUCCAAGUUCAGCCCGUGCUCCGUAUCCUGUGGGACAUACGGUAGUCAAGUAACUCGAAGGUCGUGUCUUCUCAAGGGAAAGUGUCUUGUCCGGGGAGAAACAGUGGCAAACCUCAUCAUCAGCAAGCCGUGUUUUCGGGCCUGUCCUAGAAAAGGCGGCUGGUCAGAUUGGUCAGAAUGGACUGACUGUUCCGCCGUAUGCGGGGAAGGCAGGAAGACACGACUACGCAUGUGCGCUGACCCCUAUCCUUCCGGUGGGGAAGGUUGUCUGGGCCCAGAGGUUGAAACGAGUGACUGCAAUCGUUCACAGCCUGCUAGCCAAAACAAGACCACGCCAGUAACUAAACCGCCUGCAGCAGCAACAGUUCCCAAGAGAAGGGGGCAAUCUUCUGAGAGGAAUGUGCGCAUACCCUCUGCCAUUCCCAUUCAGGUGACGCCAGCCUGGGGUGACCCGUACUACGAGCCGUAUGACAGGUCCAGAGAGACUCUGUACAAGAAGUGGGGAGAAUGGUCCCCCUGCUCCAGAUCCUGUGGUGGGGGGUACAGGAAGAGGGAGAGGGGGUGUUUAACUCCCUCCAAUGCUACAUGUUGUGGGGAGAUCAAGCAGAUACAGUUCUGCAACAUUAUCCAAUGCCCAGUGAACGGUCGUUGGAGUGAUUGGAUGCAGUGGUCCACCUGUGACGUUACGUGUGGCAGUGGAUCCCGCCGUCGUUAUCGCCGCUGCGACAGCCCAUUGCCUACCAAUGGCGGUGCUUGUAUAGGAGAAGAUAGCUCUUCAAAAGCCUGCAAGAAUGCUCCUUGUAAAGAUCCAGACAACCACUGGUCACGCUGGAGUCCGUGGUCAACUUGUGACAAAACCUGUGGUCAAGGACAUAUCAAACGUGUUAGAGAAUGGAAAGGUGAUGGACAGAAGAAGAGCCAGACAAUGAAAGCGCUGUGCAACAUCCACCCAUGUCCAGUUGCCGGCAAAUGGGGAGCAUGGGGUCAAUGGGCGGCUUGCAGCAAGAAAUGUGGCCUUGGACACUACUUCCGCGACCGCACGUGCACGGACCCUGCCCCAUUCAACAACGGUCCGAUAUGUCGCGGUCCAGGAACCGAGUCGGCAUACUGCUACAGCCAACCCUGCCAAGGAGACGAACCAGCUGUGAAGUUCAACAAGAAAAGUUAUUUGACGUACAGUCCCCAUGCUAAACCAAUCCGAUACCUGUUGCUGUAUCUACGCUUGAAGCCACUGUCUCCGUCCGGGACGCUGAUCUACCGUCACAGGGCGUGUCUGGAGGGGACGUGGGACUGCUCCCACACCCUCAUCCUUACCCUCGUGAAUCAUCUCCCAGCUUUGAAGGUGUCGAUUGAUGGACAGAAGAUUGAACUCGUAGCCAAAACGCCAGUAAUGGCAUCGGAAUGGAACGACUUGCUUGUGUAUGUGUCACGUGGUAAAAGCUACAUCCGGGUAAAUGACGGCGAACAUGCUCGAUAUAUCCCUGACACACCCUUUCUGGAAGAAAUGAAUCUAGAUGCCUCCAUGAGGGUUGGCAUUGGAGACAACGACAGUAACGGUUUCCAUGGUGUGAUAUCCAAACUACGUAUUAAUUUCAAGGACAUUGCACUUUACCAGUCCCCUUACUGGAUGGGGUUAGGUGCCCCUGACAAAGAACUGCUCAUUGAGAAACAGACAUCAGACGGUGGUGUCAAUUACCCUGACUUCCGGAGCCGCCAUUACGCUCGUUUAAGCUUCAGACAUGACCAGACAUUAAAAGUUCUUUUGACAGUACGCAUGCGCAAAUCUAAUGGCCUCAUCCUGUAUAAUGAGGGUGUUGUGCCUGGCUCCCACAUUGCCCUGUUCUCCGAACAAGGCGCCCUGAAAGUCUGCUUUGCAUGUAACCGGAAAAACGUCUUUUGUGAAAAAACAUUUGUAUUCCAAACCCGAACUUGGUACUAUUUAUCACUAGAGGUUGAAGGUAACGGGUCUGAAUUAAGGAUGGACAAAGGCAAGGCUAUGCAACUGUCUUGUGUUGGAAGGAAGUACCGUCCUCAGAAGGAGGUCUUCAUUGGUGGCGCGCCACCAUCCAUGUGGACCAUCAUCACCAACUGGACCGGUGUCACAAAGGGGCAUGAUGGCAACGUCGACAAAGUGGUCGUCAACGAUGAGAAAUUCUCCUUCAGACUUGGUGCUUUGUUUGAUACAACUGGGACAAUCAACUCCAUGGGAUAUUCCCUGUCGGCACACGUGAGCAAUGUCGUGGAACAUCCAACGAGCAAGGUGACACUUCGAUGCGACUUCACAAGCUUCACCAAGGGCGGACAUCAUGCGAAAGCACAGUGGUUGCUUGGAGAUAGGCUCCUCAACUCCUCAAAGGGAGCUCUUAUAAUGCCAAUGUUGCCUGGUCUUCAGAAUGAGAGCGCGGUUACUCUCAUGCCAAGCCACCACAAACAAGGCUUAUACGCAUGCGUCGUAAACCAAGAUGGCCGUCUUACCAUAACACAUGCAUUUGCUCUGACCCGAAGUAACGAGUCCGUCGUUCUCGAGGUGACGCCAGAAUGGACCAUCAUAAUCGUUCUCAUUGUCAUCGUUGUCUUCAUCUUCAUCGCCACGGCUCUUAUUGUCAAGAAGGAUACAAUAAAAAACAUGGCCGCCGGCUAUGCUGACGCUAAGGCAAAAAUUCUGGAGGACAUCAAGAGCAGCCUUAAUAAGCCGGACCUGAUGGAACUGGGGGACAUCCCAGAAGAGGACGAGGACGAGGAUGCGAGUAUGGUCAGCGCUGUGGAGGAUCCGGCUGAUGAUGAGGAUGGAGAGAUGACGUUUGACUUGAAUGACAUAGACUUCGGAGAUGACGAGGAAGAUGAUGUUGAUGAGACAGAGAGAAUGCAUCAACUGGGGAGUCAAGUCGCCGCGAGGUUGAUCGAGGAAAACAAGGACAAAGUUCUCGAACUCAUAACAUCAAUGAUGAGCCUCGAUAACCUCGGAGAAGCGCCAGCGCCACCCUUUCAGCAGGUUACCACAGGACAGAUUAGCGUGCCAUCAGAGUCACAUCGUCAAAUUCCGUCAGUUCCCGAGCCAGGAUCACCAUUUUAUGACGUCAACACAUCUGCUUUAAGGAAUACCAGCAGUUCACAAGUACAAAGGCGCUCAUCGCCAUCACCAACUCGCAUGCCACCUGGUCCCAUGAUUGAUGGUGACCAAGAGAUGUCUCCAGAGAGAAGAUGGUCCGUGUCACAUCGUUCCUCGGGCACCUUGUCCCCAUCCCGCCGGACGUCAAGUAUUUCACCACGCAGACUGUCUCGGUCCAUAUCUCCUCCAAAAGCAUCAGAUGAAUACGUCAUUAAUGCCAGACCGUUAGGCUCACCAAGACAAAGCAGAGCCAGUCCACCUUUCGAGUAUUCUGAUGCAAUGGAGUUUUCCGAUCCGUACAGUCAAGUUCUGGAGCAUGAUGAUCCACCAAUUCAAGCUCCAGAUCUUCCUGAUCUAUCUCUCCUACCUCCUGGGAUGUCUGGACCAGCCACACCUCCACUGUUUGGUAGUUUUAGACAAUUACCAGUCGUAAAUCAAAGGGGGGCACCUUUACCUCCGACCCCCUCUCCUCCGCCUCGACCACCAAGUCCACCUGAGUUACCCCCACCGCAGUUGUGAAGACGAUGUGGAAUAUUCGUUGACAGUGAAAUGUCUUCACUUUUCCACAAAAAUAUUUUGUGUUCAUCAUGUCCGAUAGUAAUCGGUGUGAUUGGUAUCCUUGUUUUUAACAAGUCUUUGCACCCGCAUAGGGCAUUCUGACGUGGUUUCAAUGGCAAGCGUUGCAGUAUGGCAUGUGUCAAUGAGUGAUGUGUUUUGUUGUCAGCUCAUGUUGUUUCAGUCGUGUUGAUUGGGGUCUGCCAUAAGGUGUGAGUAUUUGUAUAUAUCCUUGGAGGAUGUCUUCCGUCGAAAAAGCACGUAUCUGAAAUGGAUGCCAUGUGUGUACAUGUAUAUAAAAAUAUGUUCAAUUAUAGGUGUGUUAUUAAACAACGUAUUUCUUAAUGAA